AAGUCAAACCAGAAAAUCCUUCCACCAUGGCUGAGUUACUUUUUCCACAAUUGGAGCGUCCUUUGCCGUCGUUGCCAUCACUGCACUACACGCUCUUCGCCUACAGGGAGGAGUUGAGGCGUCGGGAUGCCCCCUUCAUGAAGAUGUCCACCAUCAAGCUCCACCUGACCGACAACCUGAUCUUGCAGACAAUCAAAAACAUCAGGCAGUACGACACAAUUGAGAUCAUGAACCUCAACAGAGAGAUCACCUUUAAGCGCCGGCUGACCAAACAAAUGCGAAAAGUUCGCAAAUUGGAGAAACUUGGACUGAACGUCGAUCCCCGGAAACUUGGCAACACCCAGGAAUCAGACUAA